UUAUGCAUAUAAAUAUCCACAUUUUCUAGUUUAUCAAUCAGAUUUAAUUUUGAUUCGAUACAAGAAAUAACAAUGGUUCCACUUCAACUGUAUAUUGCUGUCAUAGCUGUGACGCUUGCCACUGCUCUCCCUGAUCCACAUAAGGGUAAUAAAUGGCAACUCUGUCAGAAAUACGACUUGUUGUAUAAACAAUGUCUCCCACCACAGGAAUGGAUUUGUGAUAAGAGUCAGAUCCCAGAAACCUACGUUAGAUAUAACAUCCGCCAAGCAAUGAAAGACUCAGAUAUAAAAUUUGUGAGUUACUUAAAACACAGCAAAGAAUGCAACGGUGUCUCAAACCAUAUAUUCUCUAAACAAAAUGCAGUAGAUGAUUUCAGAGGAACUGGAGUGGCAAAGAUCCAUAAGUUUCCUAUGUGCAGAGAAGUGCGCACACCUGUGACCCAUAUUUAUAGAUCCAUUAACCAAAUAAUGACUGGUAAAAAAAUAGGCAAUGAAAUUUGUGAGGUCGUUUUAACCGAACAAGGAUUCCAAACUAUAAAUAAAGUGGAGUGUAUAGGCCAUAAGAGAACAACAAAAUGCAGAUUUCAUUAUGCACCACAAAAAGAUUAUUACUGCCGACCAACCAAUUACGUCACCAGAACCAUGGCAGUGUUAUGCCCCAGUGAUAAUGGAAGAAUAACUCUUCAUGCCGAGAAGCUCCCAACAGCAUGUAGUUGUGUAAAGGUUGGAUGUGACGAUACAUUCCCUCUCUAACAUAUUCUCUAAAAUGAAAGAACAGUAUCGAGUCAUUUACAAGGGCAUGUGCAAUUUAUUUCAUCCUCGUCAUGUAUGUGUAUUGUUUUAUCGUUUAUGUCUAUUUACAAACAACAACAGAAAUACUGAAUAAAAUAUAUAUUUAAGA